AUGAUCAUCCCGUUGGAUAUAAUCCUGCGAGAUCCGAUUCGAUCUCGUUAAUAUCUUUACAGAGGUGCAAAAUACACGGCACCAUCGUCGCCGGCGAGAUCCCCGAGCAGCGGACCGCCUGACGACGUCGGGCGGCAUGGCUACGGGGUCCACACGAGCCGCGUUGCGGCGCACGUCGCGCGAUCCGUCGUGGACGCGGCCAAAGAUGGUCGCAAUUCCGACGUCGGAUGUAACGAUGAAGAUGAACAACUACCAGAUGAAGCGGACUCACCUUCGGAGUGCUGUAAGUGGCCUGGGAAAUCGGGCUCUCGACGUGUUCAACAGCUACCGUUCACUACGUUCUCGCUGAAUGCACUGGCGCGACUAGCGGAAACCGCCAUCUUGCCCGGCGCUCGCGCGCCCAUUUCCGGCGUGACACGGCGCGCCGAUUUGAAUCGCUCGUUUGCUCCUUCGCGUAAAUUAGAGGAAAAUUUAAUUUCAAAGAUGCCGAAAUCAAAGAGGGAUAAAAAAAUUUCUCUCACUAAAACCGAUAAAAAAGGUUUAAUUUUAAAACAGAGGAUUAUGGAAGAUGUUAAGAAAUGUGUGGAAGAAUACAGUUGCAUAUUUUUAAUCUCUAUUCAAAAUACACGCAACACUAAGCUUCUUGAUUUACGUUCUGAGUGGAAAGACAGUAAACUUUUCUUUGGAAAGCUCAAAAUAAUUGCACUGGGUCUGGGAAAAUCAAAGGAAACCGAAGUUGCAGAAGGUAUACAUAAAUUAGCUAAUGCAAUGAAGAACCACUCGAUGAGAGGCCAAUGUGGUCUAUUAUUUACUAAUAGACCAAAGAAACAGGUAAUAGAAUGGGCAGAGAACUAUGAAGAAAUGGAAUACGCCCGUUCUGGAUUUGUAGCACCUGAAACAGUGGAAUUAUCUGAAGGACCUCUGCCACAGUUCCAACAUAGCAUGGAACCACAGUUGAGACAGUUGGGUAUGCCUACGUCAUUGAAAAAGGGAGUUAUUACUUUGAUUAAACCAUUCACAGUUUGUAAAAAGAAUGAAGUACUGACACCGGAGCAAGCACAAAUUCUGAAAUUACUAGGUAAACCGCUAGCAGUUUUUAAGCUAUUACUUUUGGGGGUGUAUACGAAAAAACAUGGUUUUAAGAAACUUACAGUAUCAGAUGAUGCGAGAGAAAACGAUGAAGAAAAGAUGGAUAUGGAGGACAAUGAUGAUACAUGA